AUGUGCAAUGGUAAAUUCUUCAACAAAGGGCCCAAGGAAGCGUUUGAAUAUUUUGACUAUUUGGCUGAAAAUGCCCAAUUUUGGGAUGUUUCUGACUUGUAUGAUAGAUCUGAAAAUCAAAAAUGUGUUGGUGGUGGUGGUAAAUACCACUUGAAAGAAUUUGAUGAUUUACAUGCUAAGCUUGCAUUGAUGUCUAAAAAGUUAGAGUCUUUAGAGCUUAAGAAAGUCAAUGAAAUGCAUGUUUUGCCAUCAAUUGAAAAAUGCAACAUAUGUGAAGAUCCAGGGCAUGUGAUUAAUGCAUGCCCAACAAUUCCUGCUUUUAAAGAAGUGUUGCUUGAUCAAUCCAACCCUGUGCGUAUGAUCUCUAAAAAUUUUUCUGGGCCUUACUCUAAUACUUACAAUGCAGGUUGGAGAAGUCAUCCAAAUUUCAGCUGGAAGAAUGAACAACCUGAGCCAUCUACACAAGGACAAAGUCAGUAUACCCCAUAUGGAGCAACUGCCCAAGGGUCGGGACCCUCUUACUUUGCAAAUCAGCCCCCUCCAAUGCAGAGAAAGGGAGUGGAAGAUUCCAUUCAGCAACUAACUGUUAGGAUUAACAUUCCACUUCUUGAUGCUAUUAAACCAAUUUCUGCUUAUGCUAAAUUUCUGAAAGACUUAUGCACUGCGAAACGCAAACUGAAUGUGCAAAAAAAGGCUUUUCUCACUGAGCAAGUUAGUGCCAUUAUUCAAAACCACACACCACCUAAGUACAAGGAUCCUGGUUCACCUACCAUUUCAUGUGUCAUUGGAAAUUCUAAGAUUGGUCAGGCCUUGCUAGACUUAGGUUCGGGGGUUAAUUUGUUACCUUAUAGUGUGUAUGAACAAUUGGGUUUAGGGGAAUUAAAAGCCACUUCAAUCAUUUUGCAGGUUGCCGAUAGAUCCAUAAAAAUUCCUAAGGGUAUUGUUGAGGACGUCUUGGUCCAAGUAGAUAAAUUUUAUUACCCUAUAGAUUUUGUGGUAUUGGAUAUGCAGUUGUCAUCCCACUCAAACUCUUCACCACCGGUGAUUUUAGGAAGACCAUUCCCAACAACUUCUAAUGCUAUAAUUAAUUGUAGGAGUGGUGUCUUAAAACUAAGUUUUGGAAAUAUGACUUUAGAACUGAAUAUCUUUAAUUUGUGCAGGCAACCUCAAGAACUUGAAGAUGUUGAAGAAGUUAAUGCAUUGGAAUCCUUACUUGCUGAAAAUUCUUUGUUAAAUUACAAUUGUGAUGAACUUUGGGAGGAUUUAGAAGACUCCCUUGAUUUAAUUGAUUCCACUAAUCAAUUUUCUUCUCUUUGUGCUGCAGGAAAUUCAAAUGAGAUGCAGUGGAAGCCCAAAUUUGAGCCACUACCAGCACUACAAGCCUCGACACAGCCCUCCAAUGAGAAGACCCCAAUGCUAAAAUUAAAGCCAUUGCCCUCGGAGCUGAAAUACGCCUACCUCGGACUAGAAAAGUCAUUUCCAGUAGUGAUUUAUGCACUUUUAACUCCUGACCAAGAAAGUAAGUUGCUGAAAAUUUUGGCACAACACAAAUCAGCCAUUGGCUGGUCCAUUGGUGACAUCAAAGGUAUAAGCCCUUUCAUCUGCACACAUAGGAUAUAUUUGGAAGAGGACUCAAAACCCUCUAAAGAGAUGCAAAGAAGACUAAACCCCACAAUGAAAGAAGUGGUAAAAAAUGAAGUUUUGAAAUUGUUAGACAUAGGCAUCAUUUAUCCCAUUGCUGAUAGCAAAUGGGUUAGCCCAAUCCAAGUUGUUCCAAAAAAAUCUGAUAUAACUAUGGUGGAAAAUGACAAGGGAAAAUUUGUGCCUACUAGGGAGACCACAGGUUGGAGGAUGUGUGUAGACUAUAGAAAAUUAAAUACCGCCUCUAGAAAGGAUCAUUUUCCCUUAUAUUUUCUUGACCAGAUUUUAGAAAAAGUGGCGGGGCAUAAAUAUUAUUGUUUUUUAGAUGGCUUCUUUGGCUAUUAUCAAAUAGAAAGAGCCCCUGAGGAUCAAGAGAAGACUACCUUCACUUGUCCUUUUGGGACUUUUGCCUUCAAAAGAAUGUCAUUUGGGCUAUGCAAUGCCCCAGCCACUUUUCAAAUAUGCAUGUUGAGCAUUUUCAGUGACUUGAUUGAGGACAUUGUAGAGGUUUUCAUGGAUGAUUUUUCAGUUUUUGGAAAAACAUUUGAUGCAUGUUUGUCUAAUUUAUAA